AAAUUUGCUCGUAACAUGUCACCCAAACCCAUGCCGUUAGUCCAAAAAAUGUGUAGAGAAUUUAUACAAGGUUUUAAUAAGUAUGGAAGAGAGAUAAGACCAAAAUUAUCGCAUGAUGAAACUUGGAAGGAGUCAGAAAAAGAUAUUUCAUGUAUUGUUAAAGAAGUCCUUAUUGUCUUGAAAGAUGUUUGGAAUAAUCCAGCAUUUGAUUCUGAAGUUGUAGGAACAUUAAAUGAGGGGACAUAUCAAUCAACAGUUAUAGUUUCUGCAGUUCGAGCUUCAUUAAAAA